AUGGACCCAAAGAGGGAUAUGGAUGCGCCUGCAUUUUCAUUUGGAGGCAGGCCCGGGGAAAGAAGAGCCUUCUCAGAGGUUCCAGGACCAGGGGCUUACAACGUGGCCACCAAGAAUAGCACGCCAGCGUUCACCCUUGCAGGGAAGAGCAAAGUGAAGCAUGGCGACUCUUCCGGCCCCUCUCCCGCCGACUACUCGGUGACUGCCCUCCGCCUGAGCUCCCCCGCCUUUUCCUUUGGUGGCCGGGUAGAAACGACUGGCCGGGAAAAGACCCCGGGGCCUGGGGCGUACGAUGUGAAUGGGGCCAGCUCGAGUCGAGGGAUAGUGCUGGGGACUUCCAAACGGGGACUGAAAGCAGGUUCCGACGCUCCCGGUCCGGGGGCGUACGACCCAAAGGCAAAGGUUUCGGGCCCCGCGUUUUCAAUCAAAGGCCGCAGCAAAACGGAGACGACGUCCAGCAAGGAGGGGCCGGGGCCGGGCGCUUACACCCCGCAGUUUCUGCGAAAAGGGGGAGGGGUCACGCUCAAGAGCCGGACGAAAAUAGGUGGCCCCCCCGACAACAGCCCCGGCCCCGGCGAGUACGACCCGAGCACUUCCUCUCAGGGCCCCCGGUUCUCUCUCUCGAGCAGAAUCGGCACCCGGCCCAAAACGGCCGGAGACAUUCCGGGACCCGGGGCUUAUUCACCCCGGAACACGUUCCGCGGGCCCGCCUUUUCUCUCUCGUCGAGGCACCCGAACGGAAACGGAAUAGCGGACGGGCCGGGCCCUGCCGCUUAUGACGUCAGCAGGUCGUUGGCUUCUCAGAGGGGGAUCUCGCUGGCGACGAACGGAAGGGAAGAGCCGAGAUCACCUGGUUCCGCCAACCCGGGCCCAGGAGAGUACGACCCCCAGACGCCUUCCAACGGCCCGGCCUUCUCCAUCAAGUCGAGACAACCUGUGCGCGCGCAGAGCGCGCGCGUCCCAGGGCCGGGGGCAUACGACCCCAAAAUACGUUCCGUGGGGGGCUUCUCGCUGCAGUUCCGGCACCCCCAGAAAGAUAAACCGUACGAUAUGCCCGGGCCGGGGGCGUAUUCGCCGAGGCUACCGGGUGCGAAAAAGGGGUUUAGCAUCACUAGUAGGACGAGACCAAGCACAGCACGGCCCGACGAAAACCCCGGCCCCGGUGCGUACUCCCCGGACAGCUAUCGGGGCAAUAAGGGCUACAGCAUAAGUGGGCGGCUGAGCGAACGGAGGCUGGCGCCCGGGGCGGACACCCCGGGUCCUGGCCACUACGACGUGGCGACCCGGCCACGGACGAGCGCGCCUGGGGUGUCGCUGAAGUCUCGCCCGAAAACGAGCACCGCGGCUGAGGGUCCGGGUCCCGGGGCGUACAGCCCGGCCGGUCCUAGUGGAAACGGCGGCUUCAGCUUUGGUGCUCGGGUAGAAUCUUCUGGGUCGGCGCUGGCCGCGCCGCCAGGGCCCGGGGCGUAUGACCCGGUCGCUUCCACGACAAGUCCGAAGUUCUCGAUAAAGGGAAAGCCGCGGAAAACCGCAGCUGUCGAUCGUGCGCCUGGGCCAGGGGCGUAUUCACCCCCGGUUACCGGGUCACAAAAGAAAGGAGACGGGCCGGCUUUCAGCUUAGGAGGAAGACCCUCGAUCAAAAUAGGCGCCGGGCAUGCGGUACCGGGGCCAGGGGCGUAUUCACCCCAGAGCUCCUCGCGGAAAGCGGGCUUCACUUUGAAGUCUCGAGUGCCCUUAAGUCCAGCUUAUCAAGGCCCCGGUCCCGGCGAGUACGACCCCCGGAUAACCAGCACGGGUUACCGGGUGGGUUCCAAGAACACGGUCGAAGGUACGAUCAAAGGCAAACGGGCCGGAGGUAGCGGAAUGACGCAACAUCCUAGAAGCGCCAGGUAA